GGCUAGUCUCUUUGUCACUUAACCGUCUUUAGUUCCCUCUUCCCACUUUUUAAUCUGUCUGUGAUUUAUCCUUCAGGAAAGCCCCAGACCUUCCCCCACAGCACUUGUUCAGCUGAGAUAGCCGCCUCCACUGCGUCCUGGCCUCCGCUCCCCAAGAAGGCUGAAAACAGAAUGUGGAAAAAUCUCCACCGAAGCAGUUUCCCUAGGAAGGAAGUUUUAUCUCUGGACCCAGACACGGCUCAUCGCAACCUGGUGAUCUCGAAGGACGAGAAGGAGGUGACAUGUGUUAGUGAAGAAAGGUCUGUUGACUCCAGCCAUAAGAGAUUUGACACGGCGAAUUGCGUGGUGGCCAAGCAGAGCUUCAGCGCGGGGCGGCACUACUGGGAGGUGUUCGUGGGCCAGAAGCGGCGCUGGAACCUGGGGGUGGUCUCGGAGCGAGCCAAGAGGCAGGGGCCGUUGUUCAACGUGGAGUUUUGGCCAUUGCCUCCUAGCAAGGUCUGCACCGCCGGCUACUGGAUGAUCGGCUAUGACCAGCAGAAGGCCGGGAAGAAGUACUGGAUAUUUGACACCAACCCAUGGCCCCUGGAUAUCUGUCCCCAACCUGAGAAGAUUGGGGUCUACCUGGACUGGGAUGAUGGGGAGGUCUCCUUCUACAACGCCGAUCACCCCAACACACUGACCCACAUCUACACUUUCCACACGUCCUUCGACAAGCCCGUCUACCCCAUCUUCGAGCCCUGCUGGCACGACAAUGGGGGAAACACCGAGCCCCUCAAGAUCCUGUGAGGUGCCGGCUCCGUGGCAUCCCAGGGUACCUCGUCUGAUGGCCAUCACUCGUCUUAUUUAGCUCUGCCCCUCCCGGGGGCUUCCCGUCUUGUCUGCAGGCUGGGGUGGGUCCCUCCAGCUCAGUCACUUGUCAUCACCAGCUACUUCAGCAACACCCCCAAGGACCCUAAUGGACUAACUCGCCCUUGUUCGACAUUUCCUCCUGACCUCCAAUAGGUAGAGGUGGGGUCAGAGCAGUGUUCCCUCGAAUUUUUUUACGUCCAUGUGCGGAAUGAAUUUUGU